CAUGAUUACCGAGCACUUCAUUCAGACAGUUAAUGGCUUCGCAAUGGAUUUGACUGUUUCUUUCAUGUAAAACUAGUAUGCGUUAAAUCGGUAUCGUUCACCUACAAAGCUGGAUUUCAUCAAUAUCAAUGAUGUCUGCCUCUGCUGUUUUCGUGCUGGAUCUGAAAGGAAAGGUGCUGAUAUGCCGCAACUACAAGGGUGAUGUGGAUAUGGCUGAGAUCGACCACUUCCUACCUCUGCUCAUGCAGCAGGAGGAGGAGGGGCUUGUCUGUCCAGUUCUCACGCAUGGAAAUGUCCACUUCCUUUGGAUCAAGCACAGCAACCUCUACUUGGUGGCCACGACCAAUAAGAACUCAAAUGCCUCACUCGUGUAUGCCUUUCUGUAUAAACUAGUGGAGGUAUUCACAGAGUAUUUUAAGGAGCUGGAGGAGGAGAGCAUUCAGGAUAAUUUUGUGGUGGUGUAUGAGCUGCUGGAUGAACUCAUGGACUUCGGCUUCCCCCAGACCACUGACAGCAAGAUACUGCAGGAGUACAUUACUCAGGAAGGCAACAAACUGGAAGUUGCCAAGACCAAAGUGCCCACUACAGUCACAAAUGCUGUGUCCUGGAGGUCUGAGGGGAUCAAAUACAAGAAGAACGAGGUCUUCAUCGAUGUCAUUGAGUCAAUCAAUGUGUUGGUGAAUGCGAAUGGCAGUGUGAUGAGCAGUGACAUCGUUGGGAGCAUUAAGCUGAAGACCAUGCUGUCAGGAAUGCCUGAGCUACGACUGGGCCUCAAUGACCGCGUGCUCUUUGCCCUCACAGGACGGGACAAAGGGAAGACGGUGGCCAUGGAGGACGUGAAAUUCCACCAGUGCGUGCGCCUCUCCCGUUUCGAGAGCGACCGCACCAUCUCCUUCAUCCCCCCAGAUGGGGAGUCGGAGCUCAUGUCCUACCGCAUCAACACCCACGUGAAGCCCCUGAUCUGGAUUGAGUCGGUCAUUGAGAAGUUCUCUCACAGCAGAGUGGAGAUCAUGGUGAAGGCAAAGGGGCAGUUCAAAAAGCAGUCUGUGGCUAAUAAUGUGGAAGUCAGAGUGCCAGUACCCAGUGAUGCUGACUCACCCAAAUUCAAAACCAGCACGGGACAUGCCAAGUAUGUUCCAGAGAAGAACCUGGUGGUGUGGACAAUCAAGUCCUUCCCGGGUGGAAAGGAAUUCCUCAUGCGUGCCCAUUUCGGGCUCCCCAGUGUGGAGAAUGAUGAGGCGGAGGGCAAGCCACCAAUCACUGUCAGUUUUGAGAUCCCGUAUUUUACAGUUUCUGGGAUACAGGUACGAUACAUGAAGAUCAUUGAGAAGAGUGGCUACCAGGCCUUGCCCUGGGUCAGGUACAUCACACAGAGUGGAGAUUACCAGCUACGGACUAAUGCCUAGUCUGGUCCCUCCUCGAUCCCUUUGCAUACACACGUGCGGGUGGGGUCACAGAGCAACGAUCAAGUGACUCCUGCCUCUGCACAUAGGCAUGCACAAAAGUGUUCCAGAGACUAGGUGCUGUAAUUCAGUGGGGCUGUUUUUUUUGUUUUUAGAUUUCCCUUUCAACUGUAAUUACUGUGCUUGAAUUGAAA